CUUUGGAAGUCUGUCGUUACUGGUACUCAUGGAAGUCGCGGUACCAAACGUCGUCAUUCUAUGGCCGUGGGGGAUACGGAAGAUUCAGAUAUCAUGGCAAAGUCCAUCUCCGCUCGCCGUACAGGCUCUUCCCGGAAGAAAGCUCGCAGGUCUAGCGUCAAAGGAAUUUUGAGGAUGACGAAGGCAGAGGUAUGUCUUGACAGCGUCUUGCUCACAAUUGAGUAUGACCGGGCCGUGGCCAGCUGCUCGAGGCCCUGCAACAUGCUUCAGAUGAAGAAGGCGAAGAAGUACGUCGUCUCAGGAAAGAGCUUGCCGCACUCAGACAUCAGCUCGAGGACACCCCCUAUGACAACUCAAUCAGCUCAGCGCUACCAUCCUAUAGCAGGGGACUAACUCCACUUACCCCCAUCCGGCAACCGGACUAUCUAACUAAUGCGGUACCGGUUAGGGACACUCCCAGCGCGACCUUACCACAGGCAACAGAGAAUGUUGACCUUGCGACUCGCCGUCCUGGAGCUGCAGCCACUCGCGCCGGGUCCGGUUCCAUCAUCCCCGAGGCGACGCGCCAACCUACACCAGCACCGAGCGACCUCGAUGACGACAUGAAUUUGAACCACGAUCACUUCCAACGUGACUCUGAUCAAGUCUGUGACCAGCGUACCUUGGGACUAGCGACACCUACGUAUACACCACUUGCUCCGACGGCCGACUUACCUUCAGUUGCGGAUGAGGAAGCCCGCGCAUUGCUUGAAGCGCGGAUCGCAGAGCUUGAGAGUUUGUGCAACAUCCACGACAGACUAGCCGCCAAGCAGGGGAUCUUGUCAGAGGAUGUCGCCCUCUGGGAGGAUAAGAUUUCUGCCCUCCAGACUGAGGUCAAAGAGAAGGACAACUUGCUUGCCGCACAGCAGCAAGACCUCUCUGUCACCCGUCUCGAGGUUCUCCUGCUGCAGAGCGAGGUUUCUACCCUCACAAAUGCCCUGCAAGAAAAUUCGGCAGCGCUUGUGGACACUCGUAAGGCUCUAGAAGUGAAGGAGAGGGAGAUGGCCGCUCUUUCCACCGAGAAGACUCACCAAGAAGCCAAGCUUGCCGAGACUGGGCGAGUCCUUGAAGCGCUUGAAGACGAAUACGAGCAGAAGAGGCUCGAGCUCGUCGAAGACGCGGUCGGACUGCAGAAGAAGCUCGCUCUUGCAUGCGAGACCGAGGCCUCAAUCCAGGCCGACUUCCGGAAGCGCCUGGAAGAGAUGUCGGCUCUCGAGGCACGCAACCUAGAGCUGGAGGCCAGUGUGCUGUCUGUCACGGAGCAAUUGACCACGGCUCAGGGCGACAUUGUCGACCUUAUGGCGAGGCUAGCAACCGCUAACUCCGAGAUUGCGGUCCUUGUCCAGGAGCGGGAUGCUGGAGUCGCGAAGUACGAGACUGCUCGCGACGGCCUUGAAGCGGCACAGGUCUCUAUGGAGACUCUCGAGCAGGAGCUCGCCCUGGCCAGAGACAGCGCUGCGCAGAACAAGACCCGGACGACCAACUUGACCGGGGUAAUCGCCCUCGCAGAGCAAGAUACCGCUUCACUUCGGGAGCAGCUCGAUGUGGAGUCGGGCCGUGCUCUAAUUCUUGCGGGUGAGAAAGAUGCUGCGGUUGCUCAGCUUACCACAGCCCGCAAGGAGCUCGACGACGCAACCUCGCAACUACACGCGCUCUCUGCCAGCUCGGCGGAAAAGGAUGCUGCCAUCGAUAGCCUCGAAGGGCGCGUUUCCUCGGUCCAAAGUCAUGUUGCCGAUCUGGCCUCGCAGCUCGAGCAGCUCGAGGCGGACAAGAGCGCGCUGCAGCUCGGCGCUGAGGAGCUGAAUGGAGCCUUGGCCGCUAAGGACGCCGAGCUCGCAGAGACCAAUGCGGCGCUCCAGGUCCAGCAAGAGUCUGCUAGCGAAUUAGAAAGGCAGCUCGCAGUUUCGGUCGCGAAGAACGUCGGCCUCACCUCCGAGCUCUCAGCCAAAGCGGGCGCGCUGGAGCUUGUUCGGACCCAGCUCGAGGCUGCCCAAGGGUCGUUGAGCGACUUGUAUGCACAGCUUGAUCAGUCUCGCCUGGAGGCAGAGGACGCUGGACGCGCGGCUUCGGCACAGAUCACCGCCCUGGAUACUUCCGUGCAGGCCGCUCGCGAGCAGGUGACGACGCUCCAAGCACGCCUGGAGUCUGCGGAGCAGGGGCAUGAAGAGCUCGCGGAUCGUUUCCAGCAGAGCACUACCAACCUGGCGACCAGUCAGGCUGCCCUCCAAUUGGAGGAGGAACGUGCUGCCUCGCUCGAUAUGCAGGUGUCUGCCAUGGUCGUUGAGAAGGAGACCCUGGUACGGCGACUGGCUGAGUGGGCAAGGACCAAAGCGCAGGACGACGAAACUAUUGGUAAACUGAAACACAUCGUAGAGCGUCACGAAACGUUCUUCAAAAGGCAGGUUGCCGAGAUUAGUCGCGAGGCAACUAUCUUGCUACCGGCAAGCCCGCCUCGCGAGGCAAACUCUCUGUAAGCGAAGGAGAGCCGUAUUUGUCCUAGUCGAAUGCGCCACAGCAUGCGAGAUUAACGUCAGAUAGACUUUCGGUUGGUUAUGUUCUCUGGGAGACAAACUGUAUCUCGGGGGCGGCAAUCUAACACGGCCGCAUCUGAUGACUACUUACGAAGGACUCGCACAAUUCUAAUCCUCUGUCUUGGUAUUAUUUCGCCCAGAUAGGCAAAGUUGUACCUUACGUCGAGCUGUACGAUGGUAUAAACCUUCUCGUUGGCGCAUCG